GCCACAAUGUUGCAACGCGGUAUUAGAAGAAAUACUUACGUUGGUAUAUAAGAGAACCGUUUGGAUACGUAAUCAUCCCACACAUCAAGUGUACUCUGAAGAAGACAGUCACAAAAAAACAAGCAAAAUGAAAUUGUUCAUCGUUCUUGCUCUGGUCGCUGCCGCGUACGCUGCUCCCCAACAGAAUCCCCAGGACGUUCAGAUCCUCCGAUAUGAUGUUAACAACGCUGGACUGGAUUCUUACAGCUUCGCGUGGGAGCUAUCCGAUGGGUCCAAGCACGAAGAACAAGGACAGCUUAAGAACCAAGGCACGGAAAAUGAGGCCAUCGCUGUACAGGGACAGUACGCCUGGGUUGGACCUGACGGUGUCACCUACGUAGUCACCUACACUGCUGACGAAAAUGGUUUCAAACCCCAAAUCCAGCAAGGUCCCGGCGGUGCUGUCCCUUCAGCGGUCGUCGCUUCACUCCUAGGCUAAACAACAU